CACACAGCCGGACGCGUUCAUAAGAGCUCUGUUCUUCUUGUAUUAUUUUCCAGCAGCGAGCGCGUUCUUCAUCGCGUUCCUGGCGCCUGCGUCGUUGUCCUCGUGCAACAUUCUAACAUUCGCGAGAACCGCGUCAGGAGUUCCACGAGAAUAUAACGUUGAAAUCCAAAGUGGAUGUUGAGAACCUCAAGGUCUUUGCUGUCCAUGGACCACCUGUAAAUCCAGGUCGGUAUGUCCAGGGAUCGACUGUGUUUGAGGACCACAGCUGUGCCUUUGAACUGAAACAUGAAUUCAGUGCAUUAUUCCCAAGGUAUUCUGCUUAGUUUGUGGAUAAACAUAUUCUAAAUCCCUGAGUUCAUUAUAGGUCACCAUUGGACUCUUUAAGGACCUUUGCAGUCUUUGUGUCCUUCCCUGUUGGACAUUCACCAACAGCAUAGAAUGGCAAAGUGGUUCAAGGACUAUUUAAGUUUCGGGAGCAAACGUGUUCCCCCGCAGCCGCCAAAACCAGACUACAGCGAGAGUGAGAUAUUGAAGGCGUAUCGUGCACAGAAGAAUCUUGACUUCGAAGACCCUUAUGAAGACUUCGAGAACAGAGCUAGAAAUGACAACGGGUCGAAUGAAACGUCCCACAUGGGCUUCGGCUCUCCUCUGAAAUCCUCGAGUCUGGAUAUCAAGGUUGUGUCGCCAAAACAUCGCCUCAUAAAGGUGGACUCGCAAGACCUGGGACGGAGCAAGAUUCUCCUAAGCUCUGUGUCUUUAGAGGAACCUACAGAUCCGGUGGUUCCUUCAGCUCCAGUCAUGGGAGAUACCGAUUACUCUGACCCCUUCGAUGCUCGUUUGGACCCGCAUCCCGAAACCACUCAAGGCCCAAUCCCUCCUGAGAACAACGGCUACAUGGAGCCCUACGAGGCCCAGAAAGUGAUAACCGAGCUGCAGAGGAGAGCUGGUGGUGGAGCAGGAGGAUGGGGGCGAGGGGAGGUCCAGCUCUAUGACACCCCAUAUGAGGAGCGCGUCCCAGGGCAGCCGGAUCUGCCUGAGGAAGGGAGGGAGAGCAGGCUGCCACAGGACGACGACAGGCCCGCUGACGAAUACGACCAACCGUGGGAGUGGAAGAAGGAACACAUCUCCAAGGCUUUUGCUGUGCAGUUUGAGGGUGCUGAGUGGGACCGUUCCUGUUCUCCCACAGAGCGCCUGAGGUGUCCCAGGCCAACCACAGGCAGCAUGAAGCUACGCAAGCCCAGCGAACCUCAUUCAAUGAUCGGCGAGAGAGUGGAUCCCACCCUGCCCCUGGAGAAACAAGUAUGGUAUCACGGCGCUCUCUCGCGAUCCGAGGCCGAGUCUCUGCUGACCCUCUGUAAGGAGUGCAGUUAUUUGGUACGAAACAGCGAGACCAGUUGCUUGGACUACUCUCUCUCUCUGAGGAGCUGCCAGGGAUUCAUGCACAUGAAGUUCAGCCAGUCCAAAGACGGCCGCUAUAUCCUGGGCCAGAACAGCCCUCCAUUCGACACCAUCCCUGAAGUGAUCCACUAUUACACCACACACAAACUCCCCAUCAAAGGAGCUGAACACUUGUCCUUGCUCUUCCCUGUGCUGGUUCAGACUCUCUGAUUGGUCAGGGCACUGCAGUCCUCAAUGCUAUAUCGGUGGAAACAUACAGGAAAUGAAGAGUUCUUCAACAAAAUCAGCAACAGCUUACACAAACUUUUUGGUCCCUUGUGUUUUUAAUUGUGCAACAGCAUCUGGUUGAGGACAUCAACUUUUAAAAUGGACAUGUCAGAUCAAAUUACAGUUAGAUCUACACACAUGCUAUUUCACGUUCUUGUUAAUAACACUUUUCCAUCUCACCGAAUGACCCUCCUGUGAACCGUACCAGACUGCUGGCAGCCAGACCUGUUGCUUGUCUUCAGUCGGUGUUAUUCUCCGCUGGGAUGCUAAUGUUUAUUGAUCGAUUAGCAGCCUCUUAGGAUGAGCAGACGGGCCUCUGUAUUUUUAUAGCUGCUGUAAAAGACACUUCAACAUGGCUGUUUAUGACUAUCUGCUCUGAAGUUUAUAAAGCCUUUUGGUUGUAGUAAAGAAGACCA